CGCUAUUUCGUAGUUUCGUUUUCGUUUCACCGCCUGCUCCGCCGCCAUCAUCGCGAAAAACGACAGUGAGAGAGAGAGGUUGGUUUACCUCGGUGUUUCUCUUGCGUGAUAGUUACGUUGCAUCGCGAAUCGCACAAAUGAAGAUGGUGGAUAAGAUAGAAAUGAGUCUGGACGACAUCAUCAAACAGACCAAGGGAUCUAGAGCGCGAGGCGGCGGUAGACGCGGCAGAGGCGCCGGCAAUUCGCCCCGUCGAGGAGCACGUAGGGCGCAAAGAGUCGGCGGCGGCGUCAUGCGAGGACGCAAUCGCGGCGGUAUUGCACGUAGCUCUUUGCCGUACACGAGGGGUGAUGUAAACAGCGCUUGGAAACAUGACAUGUUUGAUGGCGUAAAAAAAGUUGGUCGUGGUGUAAUAGGCAAUGCAGGAACAACUAAACUUUUGGUGUCAAAUCUUGAUUUUGGUGUAUCAGAUUCAGAUAUACAGGAAUUAUUUAGUGAAUUUGGACCUUUAAAAUCAGCAGCAGUACAUUAUGAUAGAUCAGGUCGUUCUCUAGGCUCUGCAGAUGUCAUUUUUGAAAGACGAGCUGAUGCUAUCAAAGCAAUGAAACAAUAUCAUGGAGUACCGCUAGAUGGUCGAGAAAUGAACAUACAAGUCGCAACUUCUGAAUUACCAGUCACUUCUGUCCGUGGUGGCCCGAGACUAAGCGGUACUAAUUAUACACAGAGACCUCAGACUCGUUUUAGGGGGAAUCGCGGCACAGGAUCUGUCAGAGGUCGUGGUGGAAGCGGUCGACGUGGAGGUAGAGGAGGCAUUCGACAAGUAACAAAAACACCCACAGCUGAGGAAUUAGAUGCGGAACUAGAAGCAUAUGUGAAGGAAGUCAAGUAACAAUCACAAAAUUCUCUCUACUCUAUUCAGAUUUUGUUCAUAUUGACUUAACGUAAUACACGUUUGUUGCCCUUAUUUUCAUGAAGCAUACAAUACAAAUACAAUUCUAUCAAGAUAUAUAUAGUGUGUGUGUAUGUAUAUAUAUAUGUAUGUAUAUAUAUAUAUAUAUAUAUAUAUAUAUAUAUAUAUAUAUGUAUGUGUAUAUAUAUAUAGUAAAAUGUAAAGAAAUUCUCAUUAAUUUUUAGUUUUUAUUUUUGACGAUUCUUUCGAAAAUUGGUAUAAUCAGUUUUACAAAACCUCCGCGAAUAUCAUUUGUUAGACGUUCAUAGAUUUUUUUUAUGUGAUACAAUAAGAAAGUUAAAAAAAGAACAAACUUAUAUAAUUGUAAAGACUGUAUGGAUUUGUAUGUACUAUCGUGCGUGUGUGCUCAUCAGAUGAAAAAUACAAUGAGAUGCAUCUCGAAAA